UUUGGGGAAUAUUAUCGAGAUGUGCCCUGCGACUGACGGGAAUGUAGUCCGCCUUCCGCCUGACGUUGGUUGGGAUAGGCACUCCCGCGGCCCUUGUGAGGAUAAGCGGCUCGAAAAAAUGGAUGGAUGAAAUUGAUGAGUUUUUAACGAUUUAGAACACGAUACCGUUCGUUUCAAGGUUUAUUUCAAGCCACACUUGAAAAGACCCCUUGCGGUAAAUUGCAGAGAUACUCAUAAAUAAGCCGCAAACAUCAUGUCGAGCAUCUUUUGAGAAUAUUCUGUCAUCUGUCUCGCACGUGCACGCACAAGCAACGUCUUCAUUUCAGUGAAUAAAACAACGGGACGUGCGUGUAUUUUGGGGUACUUUAAAGAGGAAAUGGUGUCCGACCUCCCGUUUGGGUUUGAAAGCGAUUGGUUCCUCCGAGCAUUAGCCUAGCCACAUGCUACUUUUCGGAGGGGUGCGCGCCCUUGUGCAACCACAUUAAUUUCAUUACUAUUAUAAUAUUAAUAGCAUAAGACCAACAUGGUAUCAGAUAAUUUGUUGGACCUGAGUUUGCCUUCAAAUGUGACUUUACAAAGGUUGUAUCCAUAUUUUUUUGUUUCUAGAUUAAGCGAUUACUAAUUUAUACUCCCACUUGAGUACAAUAUUCGGGUUCUUUGUGUCCCCAUGCGACUACUUUUUUUAAUUAUUAUUAUUUAAAGUCUCAUCAAAUUGUUAAAUGUGAAUUAAUUGUUAUAAAUGUAGUGUUUUUGCGACCCUCCCUCCUUUUAUUAAUAAAUUCAAACACAGGAGAGAAUUUUGGUAGAUUUUAUAUCAAAAACACAUUCCGUAUUUUAAAGUCCUGAAAAGACUUAAAAAUUACGGAAGCUCGCGUUUUACAUGAUUAUGUGAAUCAUUUCACAUAAUACUGUGAAACGUAUCACAUAAUUCUGAAACGAUUCACAUAAUUAUGUGAAACGCGACCUUUUUUUGAGGGUGUGGCAGUAAAAUGAACUCCCGCUUCUUUGCAAAUCUUUCCUGUUUAUUUUUCUUUUCAACAAAGUUUACAAAAUAAUCAGUCAACAUCAAAUGCAAAACAAAAAAAAUUCCGGUAUUUGGGUCGCUCCAUCGUUGCGCCGAUGAGCUGCAGAAAAAAAAAAACCCCGAUGACGUCUCGCGGAAAAUUGAUCAUGAUCACUCUAUGGGACGUUGCCCGCGUUUAAUGAUCUGCAAUAAUCGUUGGAGGAAUUGAUGAUUGAUUGGUGGCUCCCAGGAAUGCAGCGGGGGGGGGGGGGGCAUACCAAUUGGAAGACACAUCGGAAGCCCGGAGAGCCCGGAGAGCCCGGUAGGUCAGGGCUAAAAUUGGACUCCCCCAGCCGCCAAAGGUUGCCGUUUUAGCGUGGGGUGCACGAUCACGAGUGAGGUGGCACGACAAGUUUCCCAUGCGUGACAUUUAGCCGAGGAGACUGCGCGAAACGCGCCGCCCGCGCGGCCCACUGCUGUUUUUCCUCUCGGGGGUCGUCGCACGCGCAGCAGAAAUGUCUUUUCUGACCAUACCGAGUCAAGAGCGUCUCUUUACGCCCAUCAAAAUCGACGACGGCGGCGGCGGCGACGACGACGACGACGACGAGGGGAGCGACAACGUGCGCCUGAUCCCGAGAUGCUCCCCGGUGCCCAGGAGGCGAGGCGCGUCCAUCCACGACGAGACGGCCGAGUACCUGCGCAUCCAAGCGGCGCUGAGCCCCGGUAAGCGGGUGUCGUUCGCCGACACGAUCGGCGGCGACCUGGUGGACGUCCGCGAGUUCGUCGCCUUCGACUCGGACGACGACGACUCGGACGACUCGGCGGGGCGGGACGAAGAGCGGCCAAAGUACGGGCGGACCCGGCGAGAGCCGCGCUUCCUCGUGCAUCCCGAGUUCGAGCCCCUCGGCGGAGGCGCGCUGCUGGAGGCCGUGCGCGCGCAUCGAGUGCGCGUCGAGCACGUCGCCCCCGUGGAACGCGAGCCGCUCGCCUUCGGCGGCCUCGUGCGGGUCCUCAACGUCUCCUUCCACAAGGCCGUCUACGUCAGGUCCACCAUGGACAACUGGGCCACGUACUUCGAUCACCCCGCCGAGUACGUCCAGGGAUCCCACGACGGGGACACGGACGCCUUUUCCUUCAAGUUGUCUUUUGCGCCCCCGUACGUCACCCACGGCUCUCGCAUCGAGUUCGUUGUCCGCUACGAAACCACCGAGGGGGACUUCUGGGACAACAACUCCCGCAUGAACUACGUGGUGUCCCUGCAUCGGUACCACCAACAGGAAUCGGAGGAGAGCGACGGUGGGCAGCAGGAAGUGAGAGGCAUCAUGAGACCCCCCAAAGAUUACAGUACGUGCGUUGGUUUCGACUCAGCCGACAAUGAAGCAGACGAAACGGAGCCUUCCGGAACAGGAAAGGAGGGUGGCGGAGCCCCCUGCCCAGUCAUCGUGUCACCCGAGGCCGACGACGAGGGAAGCUCCAACUUCCGAGAACUGGGCAGGAAGCAGCAAACGUUACAGUCGUCGCAAUAAAUCCACAACACAGUCGUAAUUCUUUUUUUUUUUUUUUUUUUCCUUUCUUUAAGCGCAAAUAGUCAACAAUGAUCAGCGUUGGAAUGAAAAUGAUUUUGAUUCACAUCCAUGUUGGGACAAGUGUUCAAUGUACAGUAGAAGCAGUUUCUGAGUUUGGAUUUUCAUCAUGCUUAUGAUUACCUUUGAGUGUCAUCUUGAGUUCCAUUUUUUUGUUCUGAUCUUCUGAUUUGGCAUCCACUUUGCAUUAAACCAAUUCAAGACAAAGCUUCUUAAGGGGGUGCCAUCAUUCGACCUUCAAUAAAUGCGCCUGACUGGAUGGAUGGUUUAUGGAAAAAAAUAAACACGUGGGAAUAAAUUGCAAAAUGUCUUCAUAGUCGGAAACACGAAGAAGAAAGAGGCCUUCAUCCUGCAGUGGAUGGAUAAUGGCUACUGCUGCUGACAUCCAUCCAUCAGUUAUCUGAGCCGCUUAUCCUCAUGAGGAUCACAGGCGCGGUGGAGCCAAACCCAGCCGUCAUCGAGCGGGAGGCGGGGUCCACCCGGAACAGAAAAACAGAAAACAGUCGCACUCACGAUCACACCGACGGGGCAAUUGAGAAUCUCCAAUGAAUGCAGCACGAUUUUGGGAUGUGGGUGGAAACCGGAGAAAACCCACGCAGGCACAGGGAGAACGCACAAACUCCGAAUGGGCGGGGCCGGGAUUUGAACCCCAGUCCUCAUAACUGUGCGCCAGACGCUCUAACCAGUCAUCCACCGUGUCAGAGGAAAAACACCCGAAUGCUGGAAAAUUGACUUCUAUAGAUUGCACUCAUUCAUCCAUCCAUUUUCUUUGCUGCUUAUCCUCACAAGAGUCGCAGGAGCGCUGGAGUCUAUCCUCGCUGUCAGCGGGCAGGAGGCGGGGGACACCCUGAACUGGUCGCCAGCCAAUCGCAGGGCACAUAGAGACAAACAGCCGCACUCACAAUCACACCUCGUAAGGGCAAUUUAGUGUCUAAAUAACGUUGCGUGUUUUUGGGAUGUGGGAGGAAACGGGAGAAAAGCCACGCAGGCACGGGGAGAAGAUGCAAACGGCACACAGGCGGGUCCGGGAUCGAACCCGGGACCUCAGAACCAACACUGAUGCACCGCGCCGCCUUAGAUUGCACCCUUCCAGUAAAAUUUUCAAAUCGACACCCACGUUCAUUUUGGCCGCUCGCUAAUCACGGAAAUGACAUCACGCCUGUUAAAUUUCCCCGUUUCCUAUUCGACGACGCUUGUUUGGACAGUGGAAAAUCCGAAUUCCACCCAAAAACACAAAAAAAUGUGUCACGCACAGUCAAAUAUCUGCCCCGAGAAGGAUUUUACGCAGACCUGGCAAGCCAUGGUAGCCCCCAACUCUAUUCCGGGUGACUGACGAAGACGAAGGUCAGCACACAAAGGCAACAUCUAAAAAGGUUCACUGCGCAGACCGUAUUUACAUUAUUUUUGUUAUAUGAGCGGCAGCACGGUGGAUCAUCUGGAAAAGCAAUGGCUUCACAGUUCUGAGGAGCCAGGUUCGAACCCGGCCCCGCCUGUGUGGAGUUCGCGUGUUCUCCCCGUGGCCACUCCGGUUUCCUCCCACAUCCCC